AUGGCAACGACGAGUAAUAACCCAUCAUGCCCUGCACCCAUGAAGCCCACGUCCAACGGGGCAUUCCAACAUGAAAACCCUCUCGAUUAUGCGCUUCCUCUGUUAAUCCUCCAAAUUUGUUUGGUCGUUGCUUUUACUAGAUUUAUUGCAUUCCUUUGCAAACCCCUCAGACAACCCCGAGUCGUUGCUGAGAUCAUCGGAGGAAUACUACUAGGGCCAUCUGCAAUUGGGCGGAGCGAGAAGUUUUUGAAUACGGUUUUCCCAGCGAAAAGCAUAACAGUUCUUGACACACUGGCCAACAUAGGUCUUUUGUUCUUCUUGUUUCUUGUGGGUCUUGAGCUUGACAUGCGUGCAAUUCGACGUACUGGUCGUAAGGCCUUAGGCAUUGCCCUAUGUGGGAUCAUUGUGCCUUUUGUUCUUGGCAUUGGAACUUCCGUUGCUCUUCGAGCCACUGUAUCCAAGGGUGCCGAGCCACUUCCUUUUCUUGUCUUCAUGGGUGUUUCUCUCUCAGUCACUGCAUUUCCUGUCCUUGCUAGGAUCCUGGCCGAGCUUAAACUCCUUACCACCGAUGUUGGUCGCAUAACAAUGUCUGCUGCCGCUGUUAAUGAUGUUGCAGCUUGGAUUUUUCUUGCUCUUGCCAUAGCCCUUUCUGGUUCUAACACAUCCCCACUUGUUCCUCUUUGGGUUUUGCUAUCUGGUGUUGCUUUUGUCACCUUUGUUGUCUUUGCCAUUAGGCCAUUGCUUGUGGCUAUGGCUAGCCGUUCCCUGGAAGGUGAGCCAGUGAAGGAGUUGUACAUAUGCAUCACAUUGACUCUGGUUUUGGCUUGUGGUUUUGUCACUGAUAUCAUUGGAAUUCAUGCCCUCUUUGGAGCUUUUGUGGUUGGUACUGUUAUGCCCAAAGAAGGUUCCUUUGCUACGGUGUUGACUGAGAGGAUAGAAGACCUGGUGUCUGGCCUUUUCUUGCCACUAUAUUUUGUGUCCAGUGGUUUAAAGACUAAUGUGGCAACAAUUAAGGGAGGUCUUUCUUGGGCAAUGCUAAUGCUUGUUAUAUUCAAUGCUUGCUUUGGGAAGAUUGUUGGCACUACUGUUGUUUCAUUACUAUGUAAGGUGCCUUUCAGAGAAGCCCUGGCUCUUGGAUUUCUCAUGAACACAAAGGGCUUGGUAGAGCUCAUUAUUCUCAACAUUGGGAAGGACCGGAAGGUGUUGAAUGACCAAGCAUUUGCCAUUUGUGUUCUCAUGGCCUUGUUUACCACCUUUAUCACCACCCCAAUAGUGAUGUUUGUCUAUAAACCAGCUCGCAGAGGAGCACCUUACAAACACAAAACAAUUCAACGUGAUCUUGACACUGAGCUUCGAAUGCUUGCUUGCUUCCACGGCACCCACAACAUUCCCACGCUGAUCAAUCUAAUAGAGUGCUCCCGUGGAAGCCAAAGGAAAGGAAAGCUUUGUAUAUAUGCAAUGCACUUGAUGGAGCUAUCAGAGCGAUCUUCAGCAAUCACAAUGGUUCACAAGGCACGCAAGAAUGGCAUGCCCUUUUGGAACAAGAAGCAAGAUGGCGAAGAUAAAAUGAUCAUAGCUUUUCAGGCUUAUGAGAAACUGAGCAGUGUCAGUGUGCGACCCAUGACGGCAAUAUCUUCUCUUAAUAACAUCCAUGAAGAUAUUUGUACUAGUGCUCACCAAAAGCGUGCAGCCAUGAUCAUCCUUCCAUUCCACAAACGCCAACGUGUGGAUGGAUCAAUGGAGUCACUAGGACAUUCAUUCCAUGUUACCAAUCAACUUGUGUUAAGCCAUGCUCCUUGCUCAGUCGGAAUUUUGGUUGAUCGAGGUCUUGGAGGCACAAGCCAAGUCCAAGCUAGUGAUGUGUCUUAUAAGAUAGUGGUACCCUUUUUUGGUGGGCGUGAUGAUCGUGAAGCACUUUGUUAUGGUAUGAGAAUGGCUGAGCACCCAGGAAUUUUUCUCAAUGUGGUCAAAGUUGUAACUCCACCAGGGACAUCUUUGGCCUUUGGUGCUAGAUUAGUUGGGGUGUCAUCAAACAAGUAUAGGAAAACAGUUGAUGCGGUUGAUGACAAUAAUUAUGCUGAUAAAAAGCAGGAUGAUGAAUUGUGGAGUAAGUUUUUAAGUGCAUGCAACAACAACCAAGAGUCAAUGAAGUAUGAGGAAAAGCUAGUGCAGAGUAAAGGAGAUAUUGAGACAACAUUAAAGGAUAUGAAGAGAAGCAACCUAAUAUUGGUUGGUAGAAUGCCAUCAGUGGCACCUUUGGGUAGCCAGAGUGAUUGUCCAGAGCUUGGACCUGUUGGAAGCUUUUUGGCUUCUUCAGAUUACUCCACCGUUACAUCAGUUAUGGUAAUUCAACAAUACAAUCCCUCCACUGACAUUCAUCCAUUGGUGAUGGAAGAAUCAGAUUUCCCAGAAAUGUCAGAUACACCAAGGAGUUAA